CUCCUGGCCCAGGGGCUGUAAAUUAGAAGUGGGGCUGCAAACUCCGGGCUUCGGUGCUGCCGCUGCCGCCGCCCCCUGCUGAUUCCCUGCUGCCUUACCCCGUCCCAUGGAGCUAGAAGGGCAGUGGUGGAAAGGACAGCUGGCUGCCGAUAUCCACCAAGCGCUUCGCUACAAGGAGCUGAAGCUUCCCUCCUAUAAAGGCCAGUCUCCCCAGUUAAAUCUGAGAAGAUACUUUGCCGACUUGAUUGCCAUUGUGAGCAAUCGCUUCAGACUCUGUCCUGCUGCCCGUCACCUCGCUGUUUAUCUACUGGACCUCUUUAUGGACCGUUACGACAUAUCCAUUCAACAGCUACAUGUGGUUGCUCUUUCCUGCUUGCUUUUAGCGAGUAAAUUUGAAGAGAAGGAAGACAGUGUGCCUAAACUUGAACAGCUAAACAGCUUGGGUUGUAUGACUAACAUGAACCUGGUACUAACUAAACAGAACUUGUUGCACAUGGAGCUGCUGUUGCUAGAAACUUUUCAGUGGAACCUCUGCCUUCCAACUGCUGCUCACUUUAUUGACUAUUAUCUCUCCAUUGCUGUUCAUGAAUCUGAUCUCCAUGAUGGAUGGCCAAUGGUUUGCUUGGAAAAAACAAAGUUGUAUAUGGCAAAAUAUGCUGACUACUUUUUGGAAGUAUCUCUGCAAGAUCAUGCAUUUUUAAAUUAUGCCCCUUCGCUAGUGGCUGCUGCGUGUGUGGCUUCCUCAAGGAUUAUCUUGCGUCUUUCUCCAACAUGGCCAGCACGAUUCCAUCGUCUUACUGCAUACUCCUGGGACUUCCUAGUGCCAUGCAUUGAACGGCUACUGGUUGCCCACGAUAAUGAUGUCAAAGAAGCCAACAAGCAAAAAGGACAACAUAGUUCUCAAGCUGCCCAGCACAGUUUAUUUCAAACAACCACUCAGCCUCCACAGCAGCACAUACCCCAGUAUGUUCAAGCACAUCAAACUCCUCUACAGUAUCAAACAGCACAACAAAACUGUCAGCAGAUUGUGUCAUCCAGUCACACGUCCGCUUACCCACUGCAGACUUGCUCAGCUGGUUUACAAGGUAGUAUUCAGGCUCGGGGUCAUAUACAGACUGCUGCUGGAAUGGCACUAGCUGUACCCAUAGAGGUGAAGCCAUGUUUAAGUGUUUCCUACAAUAGAAGCUAUCAGAUUGCUGGACGUUAUCCUUGUAUUACUCCCUGCUUUGAGAGGUGAUCACUGUAGCAGAACCUAUAUCUUACCAGUGUCAAAUAACACAGAGGGCAAUAAUCAUUGAUCCUCUUAACAAAAGGGAAAUGGCUGAAUACCAUUUUUUUUCAAAAGGUAGCUCAAUUGCAUAACUUGCAAACAUGAGAACAUACCUACUAACAGGGUGUUAUGAUUUCAGAAUGAUGGGGGUGGGAAUACUUCUGGCACAUGGAAGUUCUACGUGUUCAACUUAAACUUACCCUUAAAACUCAUGAGAGCUAGCUGCACUGACUUCAAGUUUGUCUUCCCAUGAAGAGGAAGAGACCACUGCUUCUACACACCUCCAUGCAGUAUUGAUUAAGACACUAAAGCAUUAAAGUCCACCAAGUGCCGUGGUUUCCUAAAAGAUGGCAAGCCAUUUGGGAGAGAAGAGAGAGCGUCUUCAUUUAAUCAGCAGCUCAAUUCUCCAACCGUGGCUACAGAUGAGGUUUUGUGUUAUAAUGUUGUUGGUUUAACAUUUUUAUAUGUCUUUUACUUUAAAGUACUUUUGUCUUUACUGAAACCCUUUAGAGGUAAAUUGUUGUACUAACUCAGGGAAUCAAAAACUACUGUGAUAUUCAUGUAAAUCGUUUCAGGAGUUAUCUUGGGUUCUCUUGCUCAGGGUAACUGCAGUAGCAAAUACCAAAGGGAGUUCAGAUACUCAUCCAGACUACUCCCUUAAUCCAAAAAUGAUCUUUCUAAUGAAACUGGAAAGAAUAAGAAUGCUAUCUUUAAAUGAAGCACAUUUCUAUCUUGGCUGAUGAAGUAUUAUUUGUGAUUUACCACAGGUGCAACCAACUAUGUCCAAAAUGUUCUAACGUUUUCAUUGUAUAAAUUCCCACUUCUAGCAUUGGGCGUGGGGUAAUAUUUAAUGCUUACAAGAAUACAGCCUUGUACAUGAUAUCUGCCAAAUGCAUGGGAAAUGCAAGUUAUCAGGUGCUACCUGGGCAGCUAUAUUUCCUAUUUCUACUAUUGUAUUAGUAGUGACUCAGAUACCUUUCUGGUGUGACCUAGGCAUGCAUGCUAAGGCUGCUAAUUACACAACUAUCAGAAAUGUGAUUGUCCCUAGCUGUUUGAAAUUCCUAUGUUCGGCUCCUAUCAGAAGCAGAAUUACUUGACUGGAGAAGAUAAAUCGGUGGUGAUGAACUCCUAUGAGAAUCUUCUCUAGCUUACAAAAUUAAGGAGUUAAUUUCCUAUCUGAUGUAGAUAUGAAAAGAAACCCAUGGGGGUUGGAAGUAUAGGGUAGUGCCUGCAUCCUGAGGUCUGGGAAUGGGAAAUGGUGGAAAACAUGAAUAUAGAAGUUAAUGACACUGACUUAACCCAGGGAAGAAGGGAUCAUCCUAAAACACUUAACAUUUUGAGAAAAAUAGCAUUGAUUUAAAUGGCUCUUCAAGAGCUGAACAUGCUGCAAGAAAAUAUUCUUUAAUUUAGGGGAGAAGCAAUCCUCUGUAGUGAUAAUUAUUUUAUACCGUAAUAUAUUUUCAGAGUAUUUCUUUAACGGAAAUGGCAAUUCGAGAGAAGUAAAACAUUUUGGAGACAUCUUUUAUAUCCUAGGUAAUGUCCUUGCCACUUCUUUCAUAAACCCAUUUUAGUGUUACCUUGUUUUCCCUUACAUGUCUUCCUUGACAGGAAAAAAAAGAUAGGAGUAAGGCAGUCUUGCUAUAUGGUGUAAUUUCUGAUGGCUUCAUUUUAUGGGGGGGGAUGAAGGAUUGCAGAAUACAUUUGAAAGGGAAGUAUACUCAUCUCAGUUUGCAAUAUUAUAUGUAAAAAAAACCUCUCCAGUGUUUGACUACCUCAAUAAUACUUUGAAUGUACAGUCUUGUGGUGAUCCAUGACUUGAAAUAACAGCAGGUUGCUUCUAAAAUUCUUAUGUUGACUUCAGUUUCAUCCUCCAUGUGUGAGACAGCAGCACAGAAUUACUAAUACAUCAAAGGUGUCUACCUUAAAGGCCUUUACACUCAAACACUAGCUAAUAAUUAACACUGGAAUUGUGGGGGGAAAGGGUAAAUUGUCUAGGUAAAACAGCAAACCUUACAUCUUAUUUGUAUUUAAGUCCUGAAACUUAAUUCUUAAAAAGGUCUGCUACAUGCUAUUGG